CAUGAGGGGCUGCUGGAUUUUGAAUGAGAGUCUGUCCAUCACGAUAGUAGUCUUAUGGCUGGGAGUGAAUUUAUAUCUGUUUAUCGAUACUUUCCUUUGGUAUGAAGAGGAGGAGUCUUUCCACUACACCCGAGCAAUGCUGGGCUCGACUCUGGCGUGGGCACGAGCAUCGGCACUGUGUCUGAAUUUUAACUGCAUGCUAAUUCUGUUACCUGUCAGUCGGAACCUGAUUUCAUUCAUGAGAGGAGCAAGCACCUGCUGCAAAGGACCCUGGAGGAGGCAAUUAGACAAAAACCUCAAAUUCCACAAACUGGUUGCCUAUGGGAUAGCUGUUAAUGCAACCAUCCACAUUGUGGCCCAUUUGUUCAACCUUGAGCGCUACCACUUGAGCCAGUCGGAGGAUGCGGAGGGACUCCUGGCAGCACUUUCCAAGCUUGGAAACACCCCAAAUGAGAGCUACCUCAACCCUGUCCGGACCUUCCACACAAACACAACCACUGAGCUGCUGUCGACAAUAGCAGGCAUUACGGGCCUGGUGCUCUCUCUGGCUUUGGUCUUGAUCAUGACCUCUUCAACAGAGUUCAUCAGGCAGUUCUCCUAUGAGCUGUUCUGGUACACGCACCAUCUUUUCACCAUCUUCUUCAUCAGCCUGGCUGUCCACGGGGCAGGUCAAAUUAUUCGAGGUCAAACUCCGGAGAGUCUCUUGCUGCACAAUGUCACCUUCUGUAGAGACCGCUAUGCUGAAUGGCGGGCGACUGCCCUGUGCCCUGUGCCUCAAUUUUCUGGCAAGGAACCUUCGGCUUGGAAAUGGGUUUUGGGCCCUGUGGUCUUGUGUGCAUGUGAAAGAAUAAUUAGGUUCUGGCGAUCUCAACAAGAAGUUGUCAUUACUAAGGUGGUAAGUCACCCGUCUGCAGUCCUAGAACUUCACAUGAAAAAACGUGGCUUUAAAAUGGCACCAGGGCAGUACAUCUUGAUCCAGUGCCCGUCCAUAUCCUCUCUGGAAUGGCACCCCUUCACCCUCACCUCCGCCCCCCAGGAGGACUUCUUCAGUGUGCAUAUCCGGGUAGCCGGAGACUGGACGGGAGCUUUAUUUAAGGCCUUUGGUGCAGAGGGACAGGCCCUCAAGGAGUCCCACAGCCUGCCAAGGCUGGCAGUGGACGGGCCAUUUGGAGCCGCUCUGACGGACGUGUUUCACUACCCUGUGAGCGUGUGCAUUGCGGCAGGAAUCGGAGUCACUCCCUUCGCAUCUCUUCUGAAAUCCAUAUGGUACAAAUGUUGUGAGUCACGGAGCCAGCCGAGGCUGAGCAAGGUGUAUUUCUACUGGAUUUGCCGGGAUGCAAGGGCAUUUGAAUGGUUUGCUGAUCUCUUACUCUCACUGGAAACACGGAUGAGCGAGCAGGGGAGAGCUCACUUUCUGAGUUAUCAUAUAUUUCUUACUGGCUGGGAUGAAAAUCAGGCUAUUCACAUAGCUUUACAUUGGGAUGAGAACACCGAUGUGAUUACAGGCUUAAAGCAGAAAACCUUCUACGGGAGACCCAACUGGAACAACGAGUUCAAGCAGAUAGCCUACAACCACCCCAGCAGCAGCAUCGGUGUGUUCUUCUGUGGACCCAAAGCCCUGUCAAAAACCCUUCAAAGGAUGUGCUGCCUGUAUUCAUCAGCUGACCCCAGAGGUGUUCAUUUUUUUUACAACAAGGAAAGCUUCUAGAUGUUGGAGGUAAAAUCUACACAUUGUGUUUACAACCAAGUUAUUGCCUUCAAAGAAAUCCACCAGGAAUUCCUGUGAGCACCUGUUAAUGUCAGCAUCCAGUUGGAAACUGGUUAAUGAUAGCUAGCCACUGAGAACACUACACCAAGCCAUAUUUUCUUAGCCUAUGAAUAAUAUGUUAUAUACAACAGAAGAAAACAUUUACUGAAAUUAAAAGGAAUUAUGCUUUUCAA